CAAGAAAACGUCCGCCACGAAAUUUGAGACAACAACUCAGCCGUAAAAUCAUUCAAUCAAUCUAGCUUCAAGACUUGCUGCAGUCCACCUUCGUUUUUGCUUCUUCAUUUGAUUCCUUCUGCAAGGAAUUGAUUGAUCUGCUGUUUCACACCAAGCCGUCUCCGCAGUUUGACAGCAACAAAGACCCCGCCGCUGCCUAUCGCUCUGUACGGCCAAUUACCCAUUCAUUGGGCUGCUGCUGCUGCAUCCACAAUCGCGACUCUCCCUCGAGCCCUCCACAUCAGGCGCGUGCUGAUCGGGAUAUUCGACCCGGCCGGCUGCGAUAACGACAGGUUUCUUCGCAAACAACAUUCGACUUACUUUACUGUAUUCAUCCCAUGUCGUCGACGAAUCGAUAGAGGCUUGCUCCAACGCGACGGCGUCGGGAGCCCGCGACCGCUUCAACAAUGCUUUCGCACCUUCGUUUCCACAGACGGGCUCCCUCGAACCCGACAUCACCAAUCCCAGACCAAGGGAGCCCUUGGGAAGCAAGCCAGUCCCAAGAACUCCCUCAACCCACCCAAGAUGCACCUUCGCAACAAGGUGCGCGCCCUCGUUCUUCCCAUGCGACCGGCGCACCCCCAACCCUCCCGCCGAUACCUCGAGUCACAUCCGAGAGCGAUCUGAUGUUUGACAAGAGCGAGCAACAAGCUACGACUCUUUCACAUUCGAAAUCACCCCCGCAACCUCGCGCUUCCAAUGGCGGAGGUGGUGAAAAGCAAUCGGGUUUCAUGGGGGGUGUCGCCCUGCAGAAUUACCGCAUGAGCCUCCAGCAGGCUCAACAGCACGCUGCCACUGGGCCUAGCACGACCACGACACCAAAUCUUCCGGAAAGCGCCCUUACGCGAUCGAAACCACCACCUCCGCCAAUCAAUACUGGUCGCCCUUCUCAGCCCAAGGCAUCCUCUUUCGUCGCCCCAACUGAACUUUACGGGGCGCAGUCAGGCAGUAGUAGGAGACCAGCCGGGACUAGGCUUGCAACCGAGCCGGCCACUCUGGCACACCUCAAUGGCGUAGGCUUAUCGCCGGUGGUUGAGCCGCAAAAGCCAAAGAAGGGUUUGCCAUUUUUAAAGAACCCAAUGUCGACCCUGCUGGCACGACGGAGGACGGCGCAAAACGCUGCUGAUAUCGCGCCAGUCCUGAAAUCACCGCGCACCUCGGAGCCUGUAUAUGACCCAAGGAUAAGGGGCACACGGGUACACGAUUUCAGCGCGCCGCGCCCUCGACGUGUCGUGUCGAUAAUGCCAGAACAGAUGGCAGCACCAACUGCGGCGCCCCCGCCCCCGCCGGCACCGACCACGGAGCCUCCGGCGCCGCCCCAGAGAUCCCUAUCAGGUACUGUCCCCGACGUUCAAGAGAUAGGUCAAGCUGUGACAAGGUCUCCGGACGAGGGCAUUCCACCCGAGAUUCCAGCACGUGCUUCCAGUAGACCCACUUCAAAACACCACUCCGAAGGUGCUUUGCAAGCCACAGCGUCAGAAGAAGCAAUUCGGGAAAAAAUGGGUGACGUUCCCGCGAUUGAUGAUCAGGUGAGGCGAUUUUCUUUGGAGGAGAGCACGCUGCCCGCCGGGUCAGUACCGCCCGUCCCGCCAAAGUCCAAAUCAAGGGCCGCGCCAGAGACGAGCGCGGUCUCCCAACCAAAGCCCAGCCCCUCAAUGAGAACCAUCAUGUCGCGCAAUGCAUCUGCUUCCGCCCGAUCCAUUCGGGACGGGACCUUGACCGCUCUUCCGAAACAUAUGAAGAGCACCUCGUCGCGUUUCAGUUUCGACAUGGUCGGUGCUGCAAAACAAGAAAAACUCCUCGAGGAGCGCCAUCGCCAGCGGGAGUUGGAGCGGCAGGAUGAUGAACCUGAUGAACCUGGGUAUCGCGACUCGAGGUUUGAUGAUAUUGACGAUUUCGACUACGACGCCAUGAUGGAUGAUGGUGGUUUCGAAGAAAGGAUACCUGGCGUCAACACAGACGCCGACUACGACUACAUGUACGGUGAAGAAGAGAUACCAAUGACAGGCGAGGACGACUAUCUCUCGGGGGCCGGUGAUAAUGGUUUUGACUCGGAGGAGGCCAGGCUGGAUCCCGAUAACGACCAAGAGAACUUUUCUGGGUUUGUCUUUCAAAGAUCAAACCCUGUUUCGACCAUGACUAGCCCAACUACGCCUGGAAUGCUUGUCACGCCACGAGACGACAGCGGAAAGGUUAUUGGUUUUGCCAUGACCAAAGACUCGGGCACACCAGGUCUGCAUGCACAGCAACUACCAUCGCCUUCACUGCAUGAGGCCCCAAUCACUUCUCCCAGGAGCGAAACUGGCAUUUCUGGGCUCGGAAUUGUCAACUUUCCGCCCCCGUCCGUGGGAGAGGAAGAGGAAUACCUCCAGAGCGAGGUCCAUGAGCAACAGCAGAUAUCGAACUCUGGACUGCAAGCACCGAAAGCCAGGGGCGACGAGCUCUACUACGACGGAGGCUUUGUUGGGGACUUUGCUGAUGAGCUUGACUUUGAGCAUGAGAAUCCUACCGGUGAACCGUUUGACGAGUCCAUUUUCGAUCUUGACGAUACCGAUCGAUAUGGCCGUCCGCUACCGGGAGUGUUUGCACAGGUGCAGGCCCAGCGCGCAGCGGAAAGGGAGGCCUCGGCAGCAAAGAGAGAAUCGGACCAGACCUCUCACUUGUCAGGGUCUAUCUUGUCACAGUCGCCAAGGGCUUCUUCUAUUAGCACUAGCUUGGCGGCCGCUCCAGCACAUGAAGAAGCCAGCGGCCCAUCGGCCAAGACCGACGCCGAGUCGUCUGGAAACGCAGAUGAGCCUUCGGAGGACUCCGGGCCUAAACUGGUGUCCCCAGUUCCUUCCAGUCGGGAUGCACUCUAUCAGGCGGCGCUUGCAGAGGCUGCCAACAAGGCUGCGGCUUCUGGAAAGUUUCGUCGCGACUCCUCACCGCCACCUAUUCCAACAGACCUCCUUGUGACGUCACCCACGACUGGGUCGGAGGCGCCACUAUCUGGGCGUUCCGGCAUUGAUGCAUUUGCAGAAGAUGACAUGUAUGAAGACGAUCCCUAUUCCCAGCCCAUGGACGACUACGAUGACAUGGAUGGGUAUGACUUUGAUGACGACGACAUAGUUGCCGAGGCCAACGCCUCUGCACUUGCCAACGACCAGGAUGGUUUCUAUGGGCAGGAGUUUGGGUUCUACUCGAACGCACCAUCCCAGUACGGUCAGCACGGGCACAAUUACGCCAGCGGCUCCAACAGCCACGCGGCACUGAGCAAAGAGAAUCUCUUUGAAUACGCAAAUGGGGGCUUUUUCGGGCCGUCGGGUGGUCUCGAGCGGAGCAAAAGCGGACGCGUUGUCUGUCGGGAACCAAACCUUACCCCCAUCACAGAGCGGUCUGAAUACUCCAACAGGAAUUCCAUCAUGUCACUAGGCCUACCAUCCGCCAGCCUCAACAGUGCGCAUCCAGACCGCAGCCUACAAAGCCCAGGUCUUGCCCAGCUUGCCAUGAUGGACGACGGCGAUAUGUCACUUUCGUCGUUGUUGCGACUGCGGUCGCGUGCAUUUGGUGGCUCACAAGCCAGCCUGGUGAGCAGUCGUGGAGACGGUGGCAGCCCCCGCUCCGAAAGGCCGGCAGAUGGCCUAAUGUCACCCUGGUCGCCUCCCGGGCAGGGUCCUCCGCUUUCUGCCGGUCUCCCCUACCUCGGCGUCAACCACGGACGGAAGAGUUCUGCCCUGUCGGCACAUAGUAGAGACUCGGAUGCGGGCAGCAUGGCGGGAAGCCCCACCAUGACCUUGAACAUGUCGUUCCCGGCCCCGCAGUCGCCUCCCACUCUGGCGCAACCUUCGAGAUCGCUUUCGUCGCCUACUAGGUCCCCGGCUAGGCCAGUGUCGUUGUCGUUCUCGACCCCUUCAUCCCACAUUGCUCAGAUGCUGCACUCGCCAUCCACGCUCCCGUCGAGCCGGAUGUCCACAGGCGGUCCGGUCUCUGAAGACAUCAGGCCCGGAAUCCGAAUGAGGAGCCCAUCUCUGGACGACAAUAGGAUUUCGUUCCGGAGCAACAGCAACGUUGGCUUUACUCACCCGGCCGCACCAUCUUCUUCGUCACCAUUGUCCCUGAGCUCUGUGUUUUCCACCAAUCGUCACGGAAAAGGGGUAGACGGAGCCGCUGGACAUGGACAGGCAGAGGCCGAUGGUAACCAGGGCGACUUGCAGGGGCAUCACGACAUGGCCAAAACGAAACGAAAUACAUUUGGUGAAGUAAUAUUGGACGAAGAAGCACUUAAGCGCAUGAUGGCAUAAUAACCAAUAGAACAGUAGAGGUUUUAUAUUUAUCUCGGGGUGUUUUGUUAGUCGCUUUUUUUUUCUCUCACUCUAUCAUCUUUGGAUUUUUGAUUGUAUAAAGCGUUUGGGUACAUGAGCAAGCAUCGGUUUUGGAAUCUGGAAUUGGCAACCACCCCGUUGAAGUCACCAUCGGGAAGUGGAAUGAUCACGAAAUUUAAUAAUUUUCGUUCAAGUGGGGGGGGGAUACUUGUUUCAUUAAAGCAGACAUAGCCACGAUGAUAUUUAAGACUCUUGUGUGACAAGACAUUUGGUGCC